AUGGCUCAGGUUCAAGGGUACUGCAAUACCCAAUUCGCCAACCUCCGCGCUUUGAUGCAAGAGUUUACUGCAUCUGGACAAGAUGUCGGUGCCAGCCUUUGCGUCAACAUCAACGGCGAGAAUGUUGUAGACAUAUGGGGGGGCUACGCCGAUGCAUCGAUCAAGCAGCAAUGGGGCAAAGAUACACUGGUGAAUGUCUUCUCGACCACAAAGCUGGUAACUAACCUGGCGGCUCUGAUGCUGAUCUCGCGUGGAGUGCUGCGCCCCGGGGAUAAGGUUUCCCAGCACUGGCCUGAGUUCGAAAAGAAUGGGAAAUCCGAGGUCACCAUCGGCCAAGUGUUAGCCCACACAGCAGGUCUCAGCGCGUGGCAGGACGAUAUGACACUGGAGGACAUUUGCGAUAUCAGGGAGGCAACUGACAAGUUGGCGCGCCAGAAAACCCUGUGGACUCCUGGAACCAAGAUGGGCUACCAUGGUCUCACGCAGGGUUUCCUUGUAGGGGAGCUGGUGCGAAGGAAGACAGGAAUGUCUAUUGACGAGUUCAUCAGGGAGGAGAUUUGUCGACCGCUGGAUGUCGGCACAGACUUCCAGAUUGGCUGUCGUAAGGAAGACUGGCACCGCGUGGCCCCCGUUGUGCCUCCACCGGGACCUUCGAUCCAUGAAUUUCUCAGCCAACAGCCUGGAUACGAACAAGACUCCAUCGUCGCGCGAACGCUUUGUAACCCCGAGCCCCGAGCUGAGGAUGCCAACACGGCGCUGUGGCGAUCCAGUGUGCUAGGCUCAGUCAACGGCCACACAAACGCCAGGACACUAGUCAAGAUCCUCUCCUGCUACUCGCUCGGCGGUGCAUGCGCGGGAAAUGGUCAUCGCCUACUUUCUCCCGAGGCGGUGGACUUGGCCCUUAGAGAACACGCCAAGGGAACGGACCUGGUCACGGGGCGGAGCGGGAGGCGCGGACUUGGGAUUUAUCUCACCGGGCCUGGGUCUGGGAUCGUUGAAGAUCAGCUGCCGGACGGCAAGGUUGGAUGGGGUAGCGGAUGGGGUGGAUCGAUUGUGGUUGUGGAUUGUGAUAGGAGGCUCACAAUUGCAUAUACAAUGAACAGGAUGCUGAAUACAGCGCAUCCUUCCCCAGCUGCAUAUAUCGAGGCUAUUUAUAGCAUACUCGGGGUUGCUCUUCCUAAGAAAAUAUAA